GGGCAGACCACGUGAGUAGAUUAAAAUGGCGUCCGACGAGGAACACGAAGAAGAUGAUGAACAGGUCCUUAUCUUAGAGCCAGAGGAUGAACAGCUCCAGCUGAGGGACCUGGAGAGAAUAUUGUCUAUUCCUUUAGAUAUUUUAACUGCUUUGGAGGUCUCGGAGGAGUUUGGGAUUGUCCCUGGACUGAUUUUGAAUUAUGUCCAAUCCAAGGAAGAAGAAAUGAGGAAAGUGGAGGAGAUUAUACAAGAAUAUAAUGACGUACUUCAAGAUAAAGAUGUGAAAAUAGAGGACUUGGAACGAGAAUUGGGCGUUGUAGUACUUGCAAGAACAGAAAUUGAGGACCGUUACUCAAACCUACAGUCCGAGUUAGACGGGUACAAAGAGAACGCCCAGUCGUUAAUGGCCGCACAGGAAGAAGCUGAGUCGCUCAAAGCCUCCAUUGAAGAGUACCAGACGACACUACGGGAGCUUCAAGAUGAGAUCGAGUCUUUGCAGAAUCAGUCGAACGAUCUUCAGACGACUAACAGCAAUUUAAAGGAGGAACUGGAAAAGGCUAACACUACAAUUGAGGAUCUAAAACCACCUCCUGAUGUCCCUGGUGCUGAUCGUGACCAGCUGCUACGGCUGCUAGAUAGGAGACAGAAAGAGUUGAGCCAGCUCGCCAACAGCUGGAGUGGCCUGUCCGAGAGACUCGAGAUUACAUCAUCAGAGAAACAGGCUAUACAGUUAAAAUUGGAUGAGUUAGUGUCGCAGGAGUCCUCUGUACAAUUGAAAGAACAGCUGCUGUCAAGAGAGAAACUGAUGAUACAGCAACAGAAUGACUGGCUCUCGAAAGAGCUUGAGAUAAAGAGCAACCAAGUACUCGAGCUGAAGAAAGAAAGGUCGGCCAUUUUGACUGAAAAAGAAAUACUUGUCUCAUCAAAAGACCAGGAGCUGAAUCAUCUCCGUGCCUCCUUGUCCUCCAAGACGGAACUGGUCCAGGAGUUGCAGGGACGGCUUGACUCCGCCCACUCACGACUAAUGGAAGUACGAGAGGAACAGGCAAACGUUGAGGAUCAACUAAGAAAAGAACUGGCAUCUCAAUCUAAGUUAGCCACACUUUAUCAAACUGCUUCUAAUGAUGGAGAGAAGCUGGUCCUUGAAUUGAUGAGCAAACUGGAGUCAUUGCAGUUAUCACUAGACGAACUUUCGACCAGCAAAGAGACAGCAUUAAGAACAGUGGGAGAACUGAAGGAAAGACUAUCAGUACAGGAAUCAGAGUCCUCAUCUCGUAUCCAAGCACUCGAGGAGGAGCUUAAGAAUGCCAAUGAGUUACUAAGCACUGCUAGACGACAAGGGACCCUCCCCCUCACUGAGGGAGAAGUACUCUCCCUCUCUCCAGCUGCUACUGCAACUAGCUCACUGCUCACAUCCGGGUUGACCCUGACCCAGAUAUACACGCAGUACGUUCAGUCAACGGAUGAGCUCCGGCUGGUCAAAGAUGAGAACACUCGCCUCAACAAUUACCUGACACAGAUAAUGGAGGAGCUGGACGAGAAGACACCUGCUCUUCAGAAACUAAGGCGGGACCACGACUCACUUUUGAAAAGGUGUGAAGAACAGCAAGAACAGAUAAAAGGUCUCGUUGACGAGUUUGACAAUGUUCGAUUAGAAUCUGAGGAGUCUAUAAAGUUCUCUCGCUCUCUUGAGCGCGAGAACAAACGUCUCAAAACCCUCUCCUCUGAUCUCGGACGACAGGUCAAGGUCUUGUUGAAGGAGGUGGAGGAAGCUCGUGGGGGCGUGGCUUCAACAUCACAUGACUGGUCACAAGACCUGAGCAGUGAUGAUGUCACCAGUUCUUCACAGGUGAUAAGUGACCACUUGGUAUUGUUUCGUAACGUCGAAGAACUUCAAGAACAAAAUCAGAAACUGCUUGCCGUCGUGAGAGAACUAGGAGAAACGAGAGAGAAGGAAGAGAACAUCAUAGAGACACAGGCCACCUCUGAAAUGAAACAACGACUAGAGGAAGCAGUCAGGGAGUUGAAUGUGCUGAAGGAAUCGCGAGAGAGACAGAAAGAGAUGGUAGAGUCCAUAGUGAAGCAAAGGGACAUGUAUAGGAUACUGUUGGCACAGAGUACACCAUUACCUGAUGAUCAGACUGAUACUAGCCAGUUAAGUACAAGUCAGGAUUCUGCCAGUAUAUUUGCUUCUCCUCAAAAGUCCACGGCUGCGACUAACGCUGCUUUGCAAGAGCUUAAGGAACAGUUUGAAGCUUACAGAAAAGAGAAAUCUGCUAAUGACUCCAUACUACAGGAACAGAUAUCACAAUAUAGGGAUGAAGCUGCUAAAGCUACGCUGGACAAAGCAACUUUAGCAUCGAAAUUGGAAUAUUCGACUGAGAGGUAUCACAUGUUAGAAUCUUCUUACAAAGAGUUGAAAGGAGAGCUAUCGGCUUUAAGGAACAAAGAGAAACUACUCAAUAACUCAUUGAACAAAAGCCACGAAACUGUUGAUAAACUAACGAAGGAGCUCCUCUCUUCUCACGAGAAUCUCUCUCGUCUCGAGAUACGCCAGCGAGCGCUCCAAUCAGAGAGAGACCACCUCUUUGAGAGCGAGAAAAGAUCCCGCAAGCAGUACGAGGAGCUCAUGAAAGAGCAAAGCUCCCAGUCCCUCCUCCUAACUAACUUACAGACUCUACAGAAUAACUUGGAGAGGAACGAAUACGAGACAAAGUCCCGACUGGGAUCUCAGAUUGAGGCCCUCGAGAAAGAGGCGGGGCUUUUGAAAGAACGGCUUCACAACGAAGAGGAGAAGAGGGAGAGGAUUAAAGACGCGUACGAGACUCAGGUUCAGGAUUUAUCGCAGAAAUUAUUAACCGUCCAAUCUCAAGAAAGUGAGCACCUUCAGACGAUAUCUUCUCUCGAGGAGAGAGCGUCAAACGCCGAGUCAUCACUCGCUGUGUCUAACGGUACACUGGACGAGGUCAGAGGUCAACUGGAGGAGGCGAAGGACAGACUGAGGGCGAUGGAAGAGGACGCUGGAGCCGAGUUUAGGUCCAGUAUAAGGAUACUGGAGCGUAAAGUGACCGACGGAAACUCUAAGAUUUCUAGUCUUGAGGAACAGUUAAAGUCAGUCCAAUCUCAUGCUGAUCAGUACAAGUCCAUCAGUGAAGCUAAUGAGAAGGCUCUCGUUGAACUAAAUGCAACCUCAGAAAUAUUUAAAAAUAAUAUGAGCCAACAAGUGGAGGCACUGAAAGAGAAAGAGGAGGUCUUAAAGACGGAGUUGGAGUCCACUAAAGAAGAGAAGGAGAAGAUUGAGAGUGACCUGAAGGCAGAACUGAAAGAAAAUGAAACGGAGCUUCAGCUAGCUCAACAGAAAAUAGCUGAAAUGUCCAAGAGACUAGAAGAGGCUGAGAGAUUAAUGAGAGAAGCACAGAAAGACCAGCAAACAGCAAGAGAAGAUGCUAAAAGGUGCUUGGAUUCUUCACGUGAACACGAAGAACUUUACCAAAGGGAGCUAGUCCAGCACGGUCACACAAUGGAGUCCUUGAACCUGUUGAAGGAGAAGGAGGAAGAGAGGGAGAGAGAGCUCAACUUGUCCAAGGAAGAAAAUGUUAGACUUAAAGAAGAAAUGGAAACCUUAGUGUCUACCCAUAGGGAAUUGGAGUCCAUGUUAAUCGAAGAAAAGAGACAAGCUGACGAACGCUCUCAACAUCUCUCAUCACAGAACGAUCUCCUUCACUCUGAGGCUGAAACACUCUCGGCUAAACUCAUCACACUCACGCAACAGAUCAGUGAGGGGGCGGGGUCAAUGGGUGUGGUCCCAGCAACAGUUCUUGAGCAAGAUGGUGGAAGUAGCGAGUCUGGCCCUCCUCUGACGAGUUCGGAGAAUUUAUGGGAAGUCAUAAGAUACGUGAGGAGAGAGAAAGAGAUAUCGGAGACUAAGAGGGACUUAGCCGAGAGCCAAGUAUCCAGUUUGAAACAGACUAUUAAUCAACUGACACACCAGCUGGAACAAACCCGCCAACAACUACAGGAGCUUACUGAUGCUACCACAGCUCACGAGAGCAUAUCAGUCGAGUAUGAGAAGAUCAUGAAAGACCUUCAGACUCUCAAUGCCCUCAGUGAUAGUAACAAGCUCCUGAGAGAUGAGAAUAAGUCACUGGAAGAGAAGGUUUCUUCUCUCAAAGCCAGCAAUCAGGAUUUACUUGUUAAGAUCCAGUCUCUUAAAGACUCACAGCAAUCUCUAUCGUCACAGAAAGAUGCUCUCCUCGUUGAGAAGGUUGCCCUAAAGAAAGAAGUGGAGCGCUGGAACCAAAGGACCAAUCAGCUCAUAGAACAGUAUAAUAAGAUAGACCCUGAGGAGUAUAGGCAAUUAGUUCAAGAGAAAGAUGAAAGAGAUGCCGAAUUGUCUCAAGUGAAAUCCGAGAAUGAGUCGCUCACGAGAGAAAAGCUUGUACUGGAGGAAAGUCUGAGUCAGCUGAGCGCCCAGUUUGAGGCUCUGAAGAAGAAAGAGGAGGAGCAAGAGAUGGAGCUUAUUAAACUACAAUCUGAGACAAAAGCACAGAAGGAGGAACUGGGAGAGAAGAGCAGAAUAAUACUAAAACUUAAAGAACUCGGUCGUAAGUUUCGCACAGUUUCAGAAGACUUUAAGAAGAAGUUUGAAGAGAGCGAAGCUAAAAGAACAGAACUGGAGUCUCAAAUUGAGGAACUUCAGCGCUCGCUUCCGGAAUCAACCGAGCAGCAAUCAGCCAUUAACGACCUUCAAACACAACUCGACAAAACAAAGGAGGAGUUAGAGGCCAGUAAAACAGCCCAUGAAACCUUAACUGCCUCCAUAGUAGAGAAAGACGACAGAAUAUCUCGUAUCAUAAAGACAGCAAGAACCCUCAAACUAUCCAAGGAACAGAUGAAAAAUGAGAAGGAUAAUAUUGAGAAGGAGCUUGAGGAAGCAAAAGCACUUCAUAGUGAGAACCGUACUGCAUUAGAAGAAGCAAAUGCUGCACUCCAGUCUCAGCUGGCCUCUCUCCAGUCGCAGUAUGAUGCUGAUACUAAGAGGCUUGAGGAGAGAAUUGAAAAACUAGAAGGAGAUUUGAGGACUAAGACUGUCACCAGAAGACGAGCUGUACAACCGACUGUCGUAGUACCAGUGGAGUCACCGAGUACUACUGUAACUGCACAAGCAGCUCCUACUGCAGCUAUAAGGCCGACAGUCACAACCACACCCACCGCCAGUAUCAGACCAAUGCCUCUACAGAUGACGACUGCCCCUACUGCUCAUGUGACUCCAACUCAAGUCACGACGACCAUACCAAUAACGUCUGAGGCCACACCUACCCCAUCAUCAUCAUCAUCAUCAUCAAGUGGUAGUACUGUAGGAUCGGCAGCUGUCUUCAUGCGUUCAACCUCUCCUCUGCUUGUAACUCAGACCACACCCCCUCAGGUCACACCUACUAGCAGUGUGAGUGAGGGGGCGGGGCCUUCUGUUGGUACUCGACCUCUUGAAAGACCUGUGAAGAGAACAAGGGAAGCUACAACUGAAAGUUCAGCUGCUGAACAACAGCCUCCUCCUGUCAAGCGCUCAAGGCAACAGAUUGUGGAGGCGGAGCCAUCAACGACCACGUCCACCGAUCCUCUUGCCCCGCCCACUGACACGCCCACAGAAUCCGAUCGAUCCCCUGAUACACAAAGUGAUCAAGACGUGGUUCAACCUGAUGACGAGACCACGCCCCUCGUUAGUAUGGUAACGGAACCAACUGCUAACGUCAGUAGUGCUGAUGUUGCUGUGGUAACCGAUGUUUCCAGGCGGGCGGAGUCAGAAGGACCCACGUCUAGUGUCGUGGCCGAUACAACGUCCGGUACAGAUCAACUGGUUGGCGGUGAACAGCAACAGGAUACCGUUAGUGGUGAGCCUCAGGGAGAAGACGAAGAUGAAGAGGGAGGGGCGGAGCCGACAGUUGCUAUGGAUACCGAACCGACAACUUUUGAGGCGACGGAAGAAGAAGGGGGCGGAGACUCGGCAGCUGUUAUUGAAAUAAUGGACGAGGAAGAGGAGGGGGAGAGAGGAAGGAAUGAUGAAAUCAUUGAGAUUGAAGACGAUGAUGAAGACACGCUGGAGCCUACCCCAGGUGUAGCAGGUGGUGAGGUUACGGCAAGUAGCAGCGAAAUGACGGACGAGAGAGGAGAGGGAGAGGAAGGAGAAGUAGAAGAAGGAGAGAUAGAGGAGCAAGAGGAAGAAGAGGAGGAGGGAGGGGACGGUAACGAGGAGCAGUUUGAGGUACAGCAGGAAGAGAUAGAGGAAGAGGAGGAGGAGGAGGAGGUAGAGCCUUCAGUUGAGCUGGUGAUACAAAUUGAAGAUGAGGAACAGAAUAUUGGACUCCCAGAGAAUGAAGAUGUUAUUGAGAUCACUGCUCCCUCUAGUUCAGCAGGAGUUCAGGUUUUAUCUCAGACUGUUCCAGCUGUUCAAUCACUGUCUGUUCCCUCCGAGAGGAGACUGGCACUGAGAGAAAGGGCCAGCACUCCAGGAGGUAAUGCUGAAUUAAAUGUGAUGCUACCCAGUGGUGGGGAUCAUCAGGUUCCAUGUACUCCAGUACUCGCUGAAGACAAGCAGCUGGGAAAAGCACCUGCUCUACAGAGUGUUCCUGCCGAUUUGACUGCCCCUACCAGCAGCAGCAUUAGUGUAUCGGUCCAGCAGCUGGAGGAGGAGAGAGAGGAAGGAGGACAAGAAGCAACUUCAUCUCAAGGAGACACUUUAUUCGAAAUGACACAGUUUGGCGAACUGAGUAGUACAACUGCUUCCGUUCCUGCUCCUCCUACUCACUCCACCCACUCCUCACAUGACGACCAGUCACAUGACCCGUCACCUCAAGAGUUAGAGGAGGAAGAGGAGGAGGAGGAGGGACAGCCCCUAUCAGGUGAUCUUGGCGAUGAUGUCAUUGCGGAAAUAAUUGCGUCAUCGUGCGACGAGGAAGAAGAAGAAGAAGGAGAUAUCGAAGAAGGUGAAUUAGGAGAGCUUCAGACUAUUGACUCCACCCAUCAAGAGGAAGCCACACCCAUGCUUCCCACCCGAACGGUUUCUGCUCCUGUGGCUCUUGCUGCUCAAGUCCCCCCGUCUUCAAUUUCAGGAGGUGUUCCUGGCAGUAUCCCAGCUGUGGGUACAUCAAGCGCUGCUCCUGUUACUACUGGUAGUGGUCAGGAUUCUGCAAGGAAAGAAGCAGACAGGAAGAUACAACCAAUAGUAUGGGAUGAGAGCCAGCCUAGCACUAGUGGUCCGCCAAAACUAAGGCCUAAAUUAGGUCCUCCAAAAAGCAGCCUGUCCACCAGAAGAGCUAAAGGUCGUGAAGGCAGAGGCGGCCGUGGUAGGAAGUUCUAAAACCAUGAACAGUUUCAUUUUUGAUUAACUAAACCAACCAACACUACAUAAUAAUUAUGAUAAUCUCAAUCAUUAAUGAUAAUUUUUGUGAAUAUUUAAACAUCCAUUUUUAGUAUUAUUAAUUUGCGUGGGUGUUGCGUGUUGAUUAAAGUAUA